AUCUCCUUCCUGAACCUCCUACUUCUGAGCUGUUUUCUGGGAUAUAAGAGAGCAGGUGGCUGGGCAGUGGACACCAAAGUCUGCCCCAUCAUGAAGUCUGGUGGCCUUCUCCUCCUCGUGGGACUCCUCGCCCUCUGGGCUCAGCUGCCUCCUGCCUCCGGUGACCCUCCAAAGUUCUGCUUCCUCCCUGCGGAAAUAGGGCCAUGUAAAGCACGCAUGCCUCGCUUCUUCUACAACAAGUCGUCCGGCCAGUGUGAGCAGUUUAUUUAUGGGGGCUGCCAUGGAAAUGGAAACAAUUUCAAGACUUUAGAGGAAUGCCGUCGCACCUGUGUUGAGAAGCCUGGAAGAUGCCCCCCAGAACCUCCAGGUCACGUCGGACCCUGCAUAGGAUGGUGUUCACAUGACUGUGAUUGCCCUGGAAAGCAGAAGUGCUGUGGUAGUUGCCCGCGACAGUGUACCUCUCCCCUUCUCAGCUGCAGCGGACCCUGGCCGGAAACCCAGAAACAUCUACAGGAGCUGAUCCAGUGCAAUCUGAAGACCUCACAUAUCUUAGCAGUGACGGCACCGGCCCUGCAAAGCUCAGCCUCCCUACCCAACCUUGGGCUUUCGCUGUCGGUGGAGCAAACUGUUCUCUGGUAUAUAAGAGAGAAGGUGGGCUGGGCAGUGGACACACAAAUCUGCCCAGUCAUGAAGUCUGGUGGUCUUCUCCUUGUCGUGGGACUCCUCGCCCUCUGGGCUCAGCUGUCUCCUGCCUCCGGUAACCAUCAAGGUAAGAAGUUCUGCUCCCUCCCUGUGGAAAUUGGGCCAUGUAAAGCACGCAUGCCUCGCUUCUUCUACAACAAGUCGUCCAGCCAGUGUGAGCAGUUUAUUUAUGGGGGCUGCCAGGGAAAUGCAAACAAUUUUGAGACUUUAGAGGAAUGCCGUCGCACCUGUGUUGAGAAGCCUGGAAGAUGCCCCCCAGGUUGUCCAGGGCAGGUCGGACCCUGCAUAGCAAGGUGUUCAAAUGACUGGGAUUGCCCUGGAAAGCAGAAGUGCUGUGGUAGUUGUCCACGAGACUGUAGCUCUCCCAUCUAAGCUUCUCAGCUGCAGCGGACCCUGGCAGGAAACCCAGAAACAUCUACAGGAGCUGAUCCAGUGCAAUCUGAAGACCUCACAUAUCUUAGCAGUGACGGCACCGGCCCUGCAAAGCUCAGCCUCCCUACCCAACCUUGGGCUUUCGCUGUCGGUGGAGCAAAGUUUGCUCCAUCAGGCAUCCUCUUUUCUCUUCUCUGCAAUAAAG